AUGCUGCUGUUGCUGACCUUGGCUCUCCUUGCUGGUGCCACCUGCAGAGCCCAGAAUAUACAGGGAAAUAAAUUCGGCCGCUAUUUCUAUAUAUGGAGUGAAGAGAAGGGAGAAAUCAAGGCCAUCUGCAUCUUCUAUACAGCGGCCAGAAGCCUCAAGGGCAUCCAGCUGCGGUUUCAAAAUCACUGGAGUGAUGUCCAUGGACUACGUUCAAAAUAUUAUGGAGAGUUUCUGCUGAAUGAUGGUGAGCAUGUAGUAAAGGUUCUUGGCACUGUGGGACACUGUCUGAACUCCUUGACCUUCAUUACCAACAAGGGGACUGAGGUUUCCUUUGGUAAAAAUAAGGGACGUCCAUUUGAAGAGAGUGGAAGUCCAGACCAGCAUCUACAGACUGUCAAUGGUGUGUACUCACCUGUCUGCCUCCAAGGGAUAGGCUUCAAAUGGACCUACCACACAGCGAAGCCUCCAAGAGAACCAAUGACCAUUCCUGACACUGACAAAGAGAAGGAAGAUAACCUCCCGCUCUCCAGCCACCUCUUCCCUUCCCUUGUCCUGUCCUGGGCACUAUCCUCCCUCACGAAGCCCGGUUUCCUGAAAUGCAUCCCAUAA